AUGGCGGGGCUUUUCCGAAAGGUAUACGACUGGUUGUUGAGGACAUUUUGGGCGACGGAGAUGGAUGUGACCAUGAUCGGGCUUCAAAACGCCGGCAAAACGUCACUCCUUCGGGUAUUGGCAGGCGGCGAGUUUACGAUCGACUCGAUCCCGACAGUCGGAUUCAACAUGAAGCGGGUGCAACGGGGGCACGUUACACUGAAGUGUUGGGAUAUUGGCGGCCAGCCCCGGUUCCGGACGAUGUGGGAGAGGUACUGCCGUGGUGUAAACGCCAUCGUUUUCAUCGUCGAUAUAGCCGACAUGGAUGUGUUGCAGCAAGCUCGCGAUGAGCUCCAUGCCCUGAUGGGCCAGGCAUCGUUGAGAGAGAUUCCGCUUCUAGUUCUGGGAAACAAGUCAGAUCUUCCAGAGAAGCUGUCGGUUGAUGAGUUGAUUGACGCUUUGGAUCUCAAAUCCAUAGGCCAUCGCGAAGUCUGCUGCUACGGAAUCAGCGCCAAGGAGGAGACGAACUUGGACGCUGUCAUACAGUGGCUGAUGAAAUGGGCGAACAGAUGA